AUGGCUAAGACAUGGCCUGUAUCAUUGCUUCCCCUUGAGAAAGUAACCGACAAGCAGCUCCAGAUACUCGGAGAGAUACUUUGGUCGUGGAUUUUGUGCGAAGAAUGCAGGACUGGCCGGUCCUGCACCACGCAGGCGUGCCCUUCGCAACGAUUCAAACGCCUUGGUCGCUUCUUCGAGCACUACAAAGGCCUGACUGCAUCCUACGAGGCUGACGCUGCGCCUGGUGACUGUGCUGCUUUGAGCACCCAUGAGGAUCUCUUUGCAAUCAUCAAGCAAUUGAAGCUCAACCCGGACAUUACCCGUGCAGAGUUCGCCGCCAAGGUUUUCAGAGAUGACACAUCUCGAAGACUUCCAUCGUCUGCAGACCGAGAACGUGCUAUCAAUCUAGCUGUGAAAGUCAUCGCCAUGGUCAAUUGCUCUGCACAGCGCCAAUCAUCUGGGCUGCUCGAACACGGCCUCUCACAAGCCCCAUGGCGCAGCGACGUCACUUUGGCUCAAUUCCUCGUUGAUAUUUUCCCAAUGACGGAUCAUCCGAGCUUGAAUGACGAUGAUCUGAAAGGCUCCAUGGAUCUCAAAGCAGCUCUCAUGGCGAAGAAGUUAAAGAAGCGUAUUGGCUUGAAGCUUCUGCCAACAGACGACUUGAGAAGACACCUAAAGCUAGACCGAAAGACUAGAGUAGUGGAAAUAUAUCAUCAUACGGCCUUUCUCAAAGAGCACUUGAGACUCACAAAAGAUAAAGCGCCAAACAUGUCAGUCAGCGAGUCAAUUAGAUUUGGUGCGUUACCCCGCCAGCUUGCACUCGAAUGUCUCGAUUCAGUGCAAAAAAUCUUGUUCCCGCUCACCGACCGCAAGUCAAAAUCCCUCUUACUCUCGCUGAUCUCAACAUCCUCUUUCGACCCCGACUGUCUCCGUUUUGACUCUGCCUCUAUCCGUAAUAACGAUGAAAAAGACAUUGCAUACCACUACUUUGGUGAACAUCUAGCGGAGCUAUACGAUGAGUUGGAAAACCCAACGCCGCGCGGAUCGUUCGAGAAAUGGCUGGAACGUAGAAGCGGUGCGAGAUACGUAAUGUUAGCUACGCUUAUAGGCGUCAUCUUCGCGGUGAUACUGGGAAUGGCAGGAUUGGCAGUAGGAGGCUACCAAGCUUGGGUUGGCUAUCAACAAUGGCAGCAUCCCGUAUCAAGCGCGUAG